CAAAUCAUUCUUACAGUUAUAAUCGAACUAAAGUGGAAAACAUGAAAUUCGCAACGAGCGCUAUAUUCAUGGUUGUACUGCUCUUCGCAGUUAGCCAGGCAAGCGUCUUACCAGCUGCUCAAUUGAACGGCGACAAGUUUUCCCAAGGAGUCGAUUCGGCAACCGCCGCCUCUAAAAGUGUUAAAAGCGCGGACUCUCCACCAAGAGAAGCUUCUACCUACAUCAUCUCAACUGGUAGCCCAACCGGAGUUGAGACCGUUUCCGAUUGCAUGAAGAUGUACAAACCAUUAAUUGCUGACUUAUCGUCCAAGGAAAAAACUGCAUUUAACCACAUGUCCGAUUGCGUGUCUCAAGUAAAAUUAUAUUCGGUUUGCGAUGCUAAAUUUGGUCCGACCAUAAAAGAAAUUGAUUCCCGUAUCUCAGCACUAAACCAAAAGUUUCAAAUGUGCUUGGAAGAGGCUAUUUCUCACAUGAUUUAAUGCCGAUGUUAUCUGAACUAUUUCAUCAACACUUUCGUUUUAUCUUUUCAAAGUAAUAAAAAUUUAAUCGCAUUAACAGUUAAAUAA